GGGCGGAGCCCGCUCUCGCGGCGGUGGCGGGUUGGGCGUUGGGCGUUGCCUCGCACUUCCGUCUGCGGCUGCUCAUCUAGCCGGGGGCAUGGAGGUGGGCUAGCGCGCUGCAACCGGGCCUAACCGGAAAUGUUCUUUUUGGGGGCCAAAGUGUGACUAUAUCUGGAUGCAGAGCUACAUCUAUUCACAGAUAAGCCCAGUAAGCUCAAAGAGGAUCACUUCACUGUGAGACGUUUGUCAAGUUACAGAUACAGAAUGAGCACAUGCUGCUGGUGCACUCCAGGUGGUUCUUCCACCAUUGAUGUCCUGAAGUGCUAUGCAUCUAGCACUGGAUCAAGUGAAUUUCAGACAGCUGAUGAAGACCUCUGCUACUGCUUAGAGUGUGUGGCUGAGUACCACAGAGCCAGAGAUGAGGUGCCAUUCUUGCAUGAGGUUUUAUGGGAGCUAGAAACCUUACGCCUCAUAAGUCACUUUGAGAAGUCCAUGAAGGCAGAAGCUGAGGAUGACGACGAGUUAUAUAUAGUAGACAACAAUGGAGAGGAGCAGCUCUUUGACUGUAGUGGCCAAGAUUUUGAAAAUAGGCUUCGAGUUCCUCUUUUUGAAAUACUGAAGUACCCUUACUUGCUUCUGCAUGAGCGUGUUAAUGAACUGUGUGUGGAAGCGCUUUGCCGAAUGGAACAAAACAAUUGCUCCUUUCAGGUCUUUGACAAAUACCCAGGCAUCUAUUUGUUUUUGGUUCAUCCCAAUGAAAUGGUUCGGCGAUGGGCUAUUCUGACUGCAAGAAACCUGGGGAAGGUGGACAGAGAUGACUAUUAUGACUUACAGGAAGUUUUAACUUGCCUUUUUAAAGUCAUUGAAUUGGGGCUUUUGGAAAGUCCAGACAUUUACACAUCUUCUGUGCUUGAAAAAGGCAAACUGAUCCUUUUGCCUGCACACAUGUAUGAUACUACCAACUACAAAAACUAUUGGCUAGGUAUUUGCAUGUUGUUGACUAUUCUUGAGGAGCAAGCCAUGGAUUCACUGUUGCUGGGUUCAGACAAACAAAAUGAUUUUAUGCAAUCAAUUCUUCACACCAUGGAGAAGCAAUCGGAUGAUGACAGCAUGGAUCCUUUCUGGCCAGCGUUACACUGUUUCAUGGUGAUUCUUGAUCGCCUUGGAUCUAAGGUGUGGGGUCAACUUAUUGACCCUAUUGAAGCAUUUCAAACCAUCAUUAACAACGAGAGCUAUAACAGAGAGAUCCAGAAUAUACGGAACAGCUCUAUAAGGACCAAAUUAGAACCGGAGCCACAUUUUGAUGAUAUGGUGACGUGCAGCCAGAUUGUGUAUAACUAUAAUCCUGAAAAGACCAAAAAGGAUUCUGGGUGGAGAUCAGCCAUUUGUCCAGAUUAUUGUCCUAACAUGUAUGAAGAAAUGGAAACGUUAGCCAAUGUACUUCAGUCAGAUAUUGGUCAAGAUAUGCGUGUUCAUAACAGCACCUUUCUGUGGUUCAUACCUUUUGUUCAGUCACUCAUGGAUCUUAAGGAUUUGGGUGUGGCUUACAUAGUAGAAGUAAUUCAUCAUCUAUACUCAGAAGUCAAAGAUGUCCUCAACCAGACAGAUGCUGUGUGUGACAAAGUCACUGAAUUUUUUAUUCUGAUUUUAGUAUCAGUGAUUGAACUGCAUAGAAAUAAAAAAUGCUUGCAUCUGCUGUGGGUGAGUUCUCAGCAGUGGGUAGAUGCUGUUGUGAAGUGUGCCAAGCUUCCUACCACCGCAUUUGUACGGAGUUGUGAGAAGUCACCUGGAAGUACCCCCAGAGGAGCAGCAAUAAUGUCGUCCUUGGCGUUGCAUUCAGUGCCAUCUAACUCUGUCCAGCUUGCAUGUGUACAGUUGAUUAGGGGUCUCCUCAAAGAAGGUUAUCAGCUUGGUCAGCAAACACUUUGUAAGCGGUUCUGGGAUAAACUUAACUUAUUCUUACGAGGAAAUUCGUCUCUGGGUUGGCAGUUGACUGGUCAAGAAACCCAUGAGUUACAAAUGUGUUUGAAACAAAUAAUUAGAAACAUAAAAAUCAAAAUGCCCCAAUAUAGCACCUUUGGGGAUACAACUUCUACAUUCAAAACCCCUCCAUCUUUUAAAGAAGAAAGUGAACAAAUAGACAGGAAGCCUAAAAAAGACAUUCAUUGCUUGGGAAAUUGCAGCCCAAUACCUUCUAAAGAGCCAAUGAAAGCUGACAGCCAUCGAGUGCCGACGAAAGCAAGUGCUACAGAAGAGGAGGACUUCACGCAGCACUAUAUUGACUUGAAUGAAGAAGAGCCUCUGCCAGCCGAGAAAAGUGAGGCUCUUCUUUCUGAAAGUGCUCCAGAGCAAGUUAAAAUAAGCACAGAACAGUCUGGAAAAGAAAACUCUUCAUAUACAGCACCAAAUAGUACUUCAAGAAGUGGUCCAGAAUGGGGGUGUGACAGAGGAGUAAUAAUAUCAACACAUUCAUUGACUGAUUCUAGCAUCGAUUUUCUGGAAAAGGUAUCUACAUCAAAUGGAGAUGUCCCAUUAAAGGAUGGCACUGUUGGUAAAACUUCAAAACCAAAUUUCAAAGUACAAAAAGAUGAAAUUUGUGCAAAGUUAUCACAUGUCCUAAAGAAGCAACACAGGAAAAGUACUUUGGUCAAUAACAUUAUUGAUUUAGAGGAAAAUGCAGCCACGUCUGACCUUGAGAACCGUUCAGGAACAGAUAGAGGAGCUCUAAAAAAAGAUACCAUCGAACAUGAUGUGUCUUCAGACUCUGUUCUGAAUGAUGACCAUGAAGAGCAAAAAUCUAAAAACAGUUCGUUGUUCAAGAAAGAGAUAAAAAGUGAGAAGUUGGAUAAUAGUUCUUUUGAUGAUGAAGACAAGCUUCAAAUCCAGGAAGGCCAUGCUGAUGAUGAUUUGAUAUCAUUUACAGAAGUUACUGAUACACUGGUGAAGACUCCAUGCGAGGGUCCUGUAAAGGUGGCAGUUGAAUCAAGAGAUAAUAAGGAGAUGAGAGUGCUGACUUCUAACUUGGAAGGACAGGUGCCUCAUGACAGCAACAAGGCUUUGGUAGCAGGUCCUCAGGUAGACCUUUGCAACAUAACUUUAAUAUCUCAAACCACUGUUAUUCAAUUUCCCUCAGGUUUAAGUAAACAGAAUUCAUUUCAGCUACAGAAAGAUGAUAAAAAAUGUUUGACAGCUAACCACAACAGGGAUGCCACCUGCCAUGAACAAGUUAUUAUUAUUUCAGAUUCUGAUGAUGAAGAUGAUGGUGAUGAGCAAGAUGAGGAUAAAAGUUGUGGUAUUGAGGGAAACAACGAACAGAGCAAAGUGUCCAGGGAGAAUGACUGUUCAGAGCAGCAUGAUUUGGUAGUUAACACCAGUGUGGAAAAGAAGCUUGUGAAGGAAGAAGAAACAAAUUGUCCUAUAGAAUUUGAGGACUCUGAAUCUCAGGUUUUUGAGUUUGAAAGUUCAUCUGAAGUCUUUUCAGUUUGGCAAGAUCAUAAAAUAGACAGCAAAAGUUCCCUUCAAGAGGACCAAAAGAGCUGUAUAGCUCACGUAGCUGAUAGUACAAACAAUAACUUAGGUUGUGGUGCAGAUUCUGUGUCUGAAGAGGUUGUUAGAAACAAAGAAAAGGGCAUUAAAGAGCAUGCAGAACCACACAGUAGUGUUUCUGCUGAGGGAUUUUGUAAAAUUGGAGUAAGAAAACCUAAGAGGAAACGAUGUGAUAAAGUUACAGCUGAAGAUCCUCAGCGGCCUUCAUCUUCUGUCAGAACUGAACAGUUGGCUGAGCACAGAGAUCUUCCUGAAAGGGACUUAGAGAGCGCAGAUGUGGACAUGGCAGCUCCCAGUUCUAGUGUUGAGAGAGAUUCUACGGUUUUACAGAAGAAGUCUACAAAGCCUCGCCCUCACUCAAAACCUGUUAGGAAAGUUCCAGCUUCUAAGGCUGCUAAGAAAACCCAUCCAGACACCAGAAGAGGACAGACUAAGAGUUCAUGUUAUAUAAGUUGUAGAACUUCUCCUGCUAUUGUACCACCAAAGAAGUUUCGCCAGUGUCCAGAGCCAACUUCGACAGUUGAAAAACUUGGUCUGAAAAAAGGUCCACGGAAAGCAUUUGAGUUGUCCCAGAGGUCUCUGGAGUGUAUAGUCCAAUUACGUGACCACGGCAAGACUGUUGGAGUAGUUGAAGCCCCCAAAAAGACUAAAUUAAUUUCUCCUCAGACUCUCUCUAUCAAAAAUAAUAAGAAGCUUCUGACAAGCCAGGAUCUUCAAUUUCAAAGGCUUAUGAGAUCCAGAUCACACCAAAAACGAGACUUUGAUUACAAAAAUACUGAUACCGUAAGAGCAGUGUCACGCAUAGUGCAGGGUUCGGAUGUACUUGCAGCAGACCCUGAUGAGCCAGAUAAUCAUAGAGGAAGUGAGCCGCUUGCCAUCAGCAAUGAAAAGCAAUUAGCAAAAUGCAUGCUUUCCAAACCAGAAGUGGCAGAAGCUGCUUCUGAUCCUUGGGUAACAGGUAUAACUUGUCUUGUGAACCAGUGUGAAUCUCGAGUGUUAAGUGGAGGAGUGCCAACAGAUGUGGCGAUGGUCUCUGCUUCAGAGGACCCUGUGAGUGGAGGUGCUCUCACAGUGCAGGUUGGGGAGGUGGCAGCAGUGAGAGCUGCAGAGCCAGAGUCCAGUAGUGAUACAGAUGAUGAUGACAAUUUAUUCCUAACACAACAUGACCCUCAAGAUAUGGAUCUAUGCUCACAGUUGGAAAAUUCUAAAGCCAUUAUUGUGGCUCAUAAAGAUACAGUUCAGAGAGAAGACUCUCUAAGUCGGCCUCAGUUGGAGUCUUUGAGUAUCAUAAAGUGUAAAUACAAAGACUGUGUUGAAACCACAAAAAACCAGGGUGAAUACUGCCCAAAACAUUCUGAAGCUAAAGCGGCAGAUGACGACGUGUUUCGUAAACCUGGCUUGCCACUUUCUGUAGCCAGGUCCUCGAGACCUACUACUACCAAGAUAUUUAGCUCAAGCAGUGCUUCACGAACUGCCAAUCUUUCCAAGUCUUUGGAAAGUACCACACUUCAGUCAGCACUGAAAAAUAAGUCAAGUGGAGCACAGUCCAAUUUGAAGAUGACACCAUCCUCUUCCCUGGGGUCUCAGAAGCCAGUGGCUGAGGUGAAAAGUUUAUGCAAUAUUUUCCAUUUUCAGACUCCGAGCAGUUCCAGCAAACAGAGUUACAAGUUUACCUUUAGUGAGAACAGGCCUGCGUCGGCUGCUGCUUCAGUGGACAUUCUCUUGCCAUCCCAGUCUAUCUUUGACACCUUCAUUAAAGAGGUCUUAAAAUGGAAAUACCAAAUGUUUUUGAACUUUGAUAAGUGUGGUGCUCCAACAAGUCUCUGUCAGUCUAUCUCAAGACCUGUGCCUGUCCGAUUUCAAGAUUGUGCAGAAUAUUUUAAUGUUUUUCUACCUUUGAUAAUAUUGAAUGCUUUUGAAACAGUGGCACAGGAAUGGCUGAACUCUCCAAAUAAAGAGAAUUUCUAUCAGUUGCAUUUACGAAAAUUUCCAGCCGACUAUAAAAAAUAUUGGGAAUUUCUGAUUUACCUGGAGGAAUCUGAACUCACUAAACAGCUUCAUCCAAAGGAAAAUGAUCUGGUGUUUUUGGUUCCUGAGAAGAAAUACAUGGACAGGCAUGGCGUGCAAGAUCGCAGUCACUAUUACUGUGGCUAUGUUCAUAAGUUUCGCCGCACUUCAGUCAUGCGCAGUGGGAAAACCGAGUGCUCCUUAUGCAUCCAGACACAAGAUAACAUGCCAGCCAGUGUUAAAGAGCUUACAAAGUGUAUCGUAAUCAGUUCUCUGGUGACUACACAGAGGAAACUCAAAGCCAUGUCUCUGUUGAGCGGUCGGAACCAGUUGGCCAGAGCCGUUCUAAAUCCAAACCCCAUGGACUUCUGUACCAAAGAUCUACUGACUACAACUUCUGAAAGAAUUAUUGCCUACUUAAAAGAUUUUAAUGAAGACCAGAAGAAAGCCAUAGAAACUGCAUAUGCCAUGGUGAAGCACUCACCAUCAGUUGCCAAAAUCUGUCUGAUUCAUGGACCACCCGGAACAGGAAAAUCAAAAACUAUUGUAGGUCUCUUGUACCGCUUACUGACAGAGAGCCAGAGGAAGGGCCAUUCAGAUGAAAAUUUCAACGCCAAAAUCAAGCAAAACCGAGUCCUUGUGUGUGCACCUUCCAAUGCAGCGGUUGAUGAGCUUAUGAAAAAAAUUAUCCUCGAAUUCAAAGAAAAAUGUAAAGACAAGAAGAAUCCUUUGGGAAACUGUGGAGAUAUAAAUUUAGUAAGACUGGGUCCAGAAAAGUCUAUUAAUACAGAGGUCCUAAAAUUCAGUUUGGAUAGCCAAGUCAGCCAUAGAAUGAAAAAAGACUUGCCUUCUCAUAUUCAAGAAAUGCUUAGAAGAAAAGAAAUUCUAGAUGCUCAACUUGAUGAGCUUUCUCGUCAGCGAGCUCUGUGUCGAGGUGGGCGGGAGAUGCAGAGGCAAGAAUUAGAUGAACACAUUGUCAUAGUUUCAAAAGAAAGGCAAGAACUUGCUUCAAAAAUUAAAGAGGUGCAGGGACGCCCACAGAGAGCACAGAAUACCAUCAUCUUGGAGUCCCAUGUCAUCUGCUGCACAUUGAGCACUAGUGGUGGUUUAUUGCUUGAGUCUGCUUUUCGAGGGCAAGGGGGUGUCCCCUUCAGUUGUGUCAUCGUAGAUGAGGCCGGGCAGUCUUGUGAGGUGGAGACGCUUUCUCCUCUCAUCCACCGCUGCAAUAAGCUCGUCCUGGUGGGGGACCCCAAGCAGCUCCCUCCCACAGUCAUCUCUAUGAAAGCACAGGAGUAUGGCUAUGACCAGUCGAUGAUGGCGCGAUUCUGCAAGCUGCUGGAAGAGAAUGUGGAGCAGAACAUGAUUGGCAGGCUGCCGGUGCUACAGCUCACCAUUCAGUACAGGAUGCAUCCAGACAUAUGUCUCUUCCCUUCUAAUUACGUUUAUAAUAAAAACCUGAAGACAAAUAGAUUGACUGAAACCAUUCGAUGUUCCUCAGAGUGGCCAUUUCAGCCCUACCUCGUGUUUGAUGUUGGAGAUGGUUCAGAACAACGGGAUAAUGACUCAUACAUAAAUGUUCAAGAAAUAAAGUUGGUGAUGGAAAUAAUUAAACUUAUUAAAGAGAAAAGAAAAGAUAUUUCCUUCCGAAAUAUUGGCAUAAUAACUCAUUACAAGGCUCAGAAGACGAUGAUCCAGAAGGAUUUGGAGAAAGAAUUUGAUAAGAAAGGACCUGCAGAAGUGGAUACGGUAGAUGCCUUCCAGGGCCGGCAGAAAGACUGCAUCAUCGUUACCUGUGUCAGGGCAAGUGCUGUGCAAGGCUCGAUAGGAUUCCUGGCAAGUUUGCAGAGAUUGAAUGUCACCAUUACACGAGCCAAGUACAGCCUCUUUAUCCUUGGACAUUUGAGGACUCUGAUGGAAAACCAACAUUGGUAUGAACUGAUUCAGGAUGCUCAGAAGCGUGGGGCCAUUAUAAAGACCUGUGACCCAAACUAUAGACAUGAUGCCAUGAAGAUCCUGAAACUGAAGCCUGUGCUGCAGAGGAGUCUGACCCAUCCCCCAGCCACUGCCCCGGAGGCACCCAGACCUCAGGGUGGCUUGCCCAGCAGCAGGCUGGACAGUGGACUUGCCACAACAUCUUUUGCUCCUUCUUUGUAUCACACACCCUCUGAUACUGUCACUUCAAAGGAACCUGAAAGGCCACUUCUGCAAGACCGACUUCGAGAUCCACGACUACUCAGGAGAUUGGAUGAAGCCAAGGGAACAUUCCUGAAGGAUCCACAGCCCGUGAGCCCCCAGCUCCCUGGGGUAGUCCAUCUCUUGGGAGAGUCUGGCUUUCCUGUGGUUUUCCAGGACCUAGGUUUUGUUGUGCCACCAUCCACUGCCAUCGUUGCUCCUCUGGGCAGCCACAGGUCGCCUAUACAGGCUGAGCCACGACCUGCUCACCCUGCUGCCGCCGCCUCCACAAGUAAGAGGAAGUACAGUGACCCAGAUGCUGGGCUCAGCCACAGAAGAGAGCCUAGGGCCUUUGCUGGAGAGCAGGGGAGGCACGGCUCUGUGACCCAUCACGCGCUGAGAAGCACUGACUUGGACAGGAGGAGGCUGGAUGAUAGCAGUGCCAAGAGGAGACGGUUUCUAUAGUAACGCCUGGGGACGGGACUGUCACCACAGGCCAACUAGUAGCACCUUACCUUAAACUGGGUUUUGUUUUGUUUCCCUUGAAGAGUCUCUGUUAGAGGAAGGAAUACCUUCUGAUGCUUGGUCUGUUUGUUGGUCUUGUGUUCAGUACUUACUUCUUGCCAGUUGUAUACACGUGGAGAGGGCAUUUGUAUGCCUGAAAUCUUGUUCUUGAGGUCAGAAUUCAAAAUGUUGGGAGCUUUCGUUCUGGAGAAAAGGUCAGAUCAGAGUUAGUACUGUAAAGGUUAAACUAUGAAUCUAUAUAGCAAAUGGAAAAUUCUUUUAAAAUGUAAACUGGUAGACCACAUUUCCUUCCUCAGCCUAAAAUAUUGGUCAUUUUCCAACAGAACAAACUUCAUGUUUAAAAGAGAGAGAGAGGACUGGUCCUUCAACCACUGUGUAGUAGACAAGUUUAACAACCUCAGUACUGGGAGUUAGCCAGCUUUGAACCAGUGGCCAGUGUCUUGAGCUAGGGUUUCUUGGGCCUUUAGAAAGCAGCAUAUUAGUUAGGGUUUGUUGUGCUCAUUGGUGCAUUUUUGAGACAAGACAGCUCGGCACAGGGCAUUACUGUACAAGUUCAUUUACCUGUACUGGUGUAUGACUUAGUUUUCUGGCUGAAUUUCUUUCCCUUCUCCAAACGGAAGAACAGUUUUUUGAACUGCCAUCCAUGUUUCCAAUGCUUUUUGAGGUUGGUGUAACUGGCGAAUUGUAGACAUGCUUAUGUACCAAAGGGAGGGUUUGUGUGGCUUGUUGGCCUGGCCUGGAAGAGUCCAGUUAGAAUGUUUGUGAAGACUUGAGAGUUGCCAGGAAAAUGAAAAAGGAUGCAUUUGAAGGGAUUCCAUGGGGGCCACACAGGAGCAAAGCAGAUAGCUUAUCUUCAGGCAGGAGGGAAACGGUGAGAAAGGAGAGCAGCCAUGUGGGCUGCAGGACCAUCCAGUAGAUGAAAGUGCAGUCUGUUGGCUCACUGAGGCACUAGCCUCUGUCAGACCUGCUGUGCUUGUA